CCAAUGCUCGAUGGCGGUGGUGAUGUCUCGUAUAUUGAUGUUGGCGAUCAACCGUUGGACGAGGAGUGGGACACAAGCAUGAUAUGGCUAUCCGAAAAUCAAGUGACCGUUCAUGGAAACGCGGAUUCAUAG